CACCAUGGAGAUUUCACAGUAUCACUUAGUGAUGUGUUGGAAACUUGGAAAUAUUUGUUACAUGACAAACUGGGAUUAUCAUACAAAAACAUGAAAGAACCUGAAAAUUACGCUGACCUAAAAAAAGCCUAUCAUGCCUUCUUAGCAAGAAGCAAUAUGUUAGAUCUAAUAGACAUAUGUCAGAAGUGCUAUGGUCUUGGACUUGUAUCUGAAGAUGAAAGCAUAGCCCCUGUUCAACUGUUGGAAUUUAUUUCUGGCAUAAUGAACGUACAAGAAAAUAAUGGUUCUGUUCUUUCUACUCCUUCUACACCAGUCAACAGACAGGGCCAGGAGAAUGUGAAGGUGACAAUCCUGGCAAAGAAGUGUGUUUGUUCGUAUAUAAGCCUGUUGGUGAAUUCUAAGGAUGAUCUAGCAUUGGCUCAUAUUCUAAAUGUUCCUGACAGAGGACUUGGUAGAGAAGCCUUCACUAACCUAAAACAUGCCUCACAGAAGAGAAGAAUGUCUAUUUUCCUGAUGGCAACAUCUUUUAUCCGAACUGUAGAACUUGGAGGAAGAGGCUGUGCAUCUUCAUUAUUUGAUCCUUUAAGAGUCCAUGUAAAGGGGCUUUCAAACUUUGUUAAUUUUAUUGACAAGCUGCAAGAAAUUGUUGGUGAAAUCUUAAAUCCAAG